GGGUGGAGUCCCAGUAGGGGGAAGAAGGGGAUCGAGUGCGCGAGAGCUGCAAAGCGAGUAUUAGUAGCCCCGGGGAAGAAAACAGGGAAAUGCCGGCAUUUCGAGGUGGAGGUGGAAGUUCUGCGAGGCUGUGAUUUUGUCCGCUCCGAGCUCCUGGCAGCAUCCUCCUCAUCAUCGAGAUCCCCAUCCGCUGCGCUCGCGUUCCAAUCCCGUCUCCGCAUCUUCCUUGAGUUUUUCCCCCGGUCCCCAAUUCCAGUCCGACGAAGCUUUUCUCCAUCCCCCUCGAAUUCUGUUCCGCUCUCUUUCCGUCAUGGCCCGUCAGUGCCUCACCAUUCUCUAAUCGUGGAGCUUGCAUGUUCCGUACGCUAAAGCGAGACAAUUCCGUGGAAGAGGAUCACUCCCCCCCUCGAAUUUGCAGGCUCGCCACCGCGCUCUAAUCGUCGGGCAGGAACGAGACGGAAGGCUGGAGAGAGGUAGGGAGACAGGAGGGGAUUGAAGUUCGCUCGGUGGAGAUCGAGGAGAGCAGCAGAGGCGGCGGAAGGGUGAGAGAGUUAUUCACUAGAGGCUGCGGUUCGGGGAAUAGAGUGGGGCAGGGGAAGUUGGGGAACCAGGACGAAUUGCCGACUGAUUGAGGGGAAUUGAGGUGAUCGCUGCCGAAGCCAUGGAUACUGCCAGGCGCCGCCUGCAGGUGAUCCAGUCGCAUGUGCUGGAGUCGCACUCCAAGGCGUCGGAGGACGACGAGGAGCAGCAGCAGCUCGCGUUGCAGCCCACGGCAGGAGAGGUUUUCAUCGCCGAUGGCUACAGCGUGGUGCUGCCGGAGAAGCUCCGCACGGGGGAGUGGAACGUGUACAGGAAUGCUAGGUAUCCCUUGCAAUUGGUAGAGACGUUCGAGGAUUAUCCAGACAUUCGCACUCUGCACGACAAUUUUGCCAAUUCCGCCAAAGUGUACGAGGAUUGCAAGUAUUUAGGGGCCAGGGUGAGGAGGGAGGAUGGCAGCGCAGGGGAGUACAAGUGGAUGACAUACGGAGAAGUCGGGGCCUCGAGGGCAGCCAUCGGGUCCGCCCUGCUCAAGCACGGCAUCCCUAAGAAGAGCAACAUAGGGUUGUACAUGAUCAACAGGCCCGAAUGGGUCAUCGCAGAGCAAGCCUGUUCUGCUUUCUCCUUCGUUUCUGUUCCCUUGUACGAUACCCUGGGGGCCGAUGCCGUGCAGUACAUCAUCAACCACGCGGAGAUCACCGCAGUGUUCUGCACUUUCGACAAGCUUCAAACGAUUCUGAGCUGCCUGUCCGAAUUGCCCACCAUCCGGCUCAUCGGGGUGGUGGUGGAUGACAUGAAACCGGCCCCGUUGCCCAGCAUCUCUGGAGUGGAGAUUGUCUCGUUCAAAGCCCUAGAAGCUGAAGGAGCUGCCAACCCACAUCCGUUCAUUCCCCCAUCUUCUGACGAUGUGGCCACAAUCUGCUACACCAGCGGCACCACGGGCACUCCCAAAGGAGUCGUGCUCACGCACCGAAAUCUGAUCUCGAGUUGCGCAGGGUACACGCUCGGGGAGGGAGUGAACAGCAGCGAUGUUCACGUCUCGUACCUGCCUCUGGCUCACAUCUAUGAGAGGAUGAAUGUCCUGACAUCGACCCAUUUCGGUUGCGGGGUCGGCUUCUUCCAAGGCGACGUUCUCAAGCUGCUGGAGGAUCUGGAGGCCUUGAAGCCGACCAUGUUCUCCAGCGUGCCUCGGCUGUACAAUCGUAUUUAUGACAAAAUCAAUUCAACGGUGAAAAGCUCCAGCGCACUUAAGCAGUGGAUUUUCAAUGCGGCUUUCAAUGCCAAAAAGGAGGCUAUGGCCCGGGGAAAGACGCCGUCUCCGAUUUGGGAUCGACUGGUUUUCAACAAGAUCCGAGCCACUCUGGGAGGCCGUACCCGUCUUCUGGCGUCUGGAGCAUCCCCCAUCUCUCCCGAGGUCUUGGACUUUCUGCGAAUCUGCUUCGGCUGCCAAGUUACUGAAGGGUAUGGCAUGACUGAGAGCUCCUGUGUCAUCACAAAUUGCGACAAGGACGACCUCACCUCCGGCCAUGUGGGAUCCCCUAAUCCGGCCUGUGAAGUAAAGCUAGUAGAUGUUCCUGAAAUGGAGUACACCUCGCGAGAUAAGCCCCACCCCCGAGGAGAAGUCUGCGUUCGCGGCCCCAUAGUUUUUCAAGGUUACUACAAGGAUGAGGUUCAAACUCGGGAGGUGCUGGACAGCGAGGGCUGGUUGCACACCGGGGACAUCGGUUUGUGGCUUCCUGGGGGCAGACUCAAAAUCAUCGAUCGCAAGAAGAACAUCUUCAAGCUGGCCCAGGGAGAAUACAUAGCUCCUGAGAAGAUAGAGAAUGUGUACCUGCGAAGUCAGUUCAUUGCACAACUAUUUAUUUACGGAGAUAGUUUCAAUUCCAACCUGGUGUCCGUCGCAGUGGUCGAUCCAGAAGUCUUACCAGCUUGGGCCAAGGCCAAGGGAAUCAAACAUCACGACGAUUUGGAAAAGCUCUGCAAGGAUCCGAUGGUCAAGGCAGCAGUCCUUGCGGAUAUGGAUGAAGUCGCUCGUGCUGCCCAACUUCGGGGUUUCGAGUUUGCCAAAGCAGUGACUCUGACUCAUGAACAAUUCACGAUAGAGAAUGGGCUCCUCACACCCAGUCUGAAGGUGAAGAGACCGACUGCUAAGGCUCGCUUUGCUCCAGCAAUAUCCGAGAUGUAUGCCGAACUGGCAGCCAAAGAAAGUCUUCACCGGCCCAAGUCAGCAUUGUAAAUACUGCUCAGUUCCUCCGGUUUGUUGCCACGCAUUGUAUUUCAGCUUAUUGAUAUGUCUUAGGGAACUCACCUCACCAGGCAUGUGGUAUCGUGAGUGGAUCUCACAACUGUACUUACUUGCUUUCAAGGUUCAUUAUAUACAAAUAAAACCAAGAAGCUGAAGUGGGGGAAACUCAUCGAUGUUGUGUUGAGUGGCAGCUAGAAGAAGGUGAAAGCUGCCCAGAUGGGACACUUGUAGACUGUAUAGAUUCUAAGGAUCAAUAUACCCAAUUCUUUCGUCGUCAGCCCUCUA